AUGACAUUCCCUCCCCCUCCCCCUUCCACCCAAUCAUCGAUUGCUUCUGGCACCGAGAAACCUUCGGCAGCAAGGUUGUCGAGGCCCCAACAGUCAGUCUGGGGCACCCCUGCCUCUCAGUCAGGUCUCCGUCGCGGCCUGACUCCGCUCACGACAACCAACUUUUCAUCCUCCACAACAGCCGCUGCUCCUUCCCGAAGGCCACCCCAGUCGAAUAGCCCGGGUGCAGGAAUUUCGGCACCGUCUCCUCUGUCUUCCACAUUCUCAGCUGUUCUCAGUUCAACCAAUCGUUCGCACACUCGCUUACACUCGCAGCCACACACCUUGCAGUCCGUCUCCUCUCCAAAGUCUAGAGCCCUGACACCGUCAGCGGGCUCUCAGCUGGCUUCUACCGCAGGAAAUAUCUCGGGAGGAGGAGGCAGUGGGGGAGGUGGUGGGUUGGGAUCCUCUAGAGGAGUCGCCUUCUCUCCACUCUUGUCAGGAACGACAGUGAAUUCUCCAACCGGGAUUCCCCUUGAUAAACCAGGCUCGAGCAUCAGCUCCAGUCAAUCGUCCCUCGCGAAAAUUUCCAUUGCGCAAGUAUAUCUCCUUCUAGAUUCUAUUACAGACAAGGAAGGGAAAGAGAAGUGGGAAACGAAAGCUGCACAAAUCCACAAGCUGGUGGAUUCCAACGGCAUGGAGGUCUUUUCCAAAUAUUUCCGUCGCCUUCUGACAGGCAAUUCUCCUCAAAUAUUUCCAGGAAUAAACAAGGCCGUAGAGAAUGCUGGAAAUUAUCCACUUCUCGUCCAAGAGAUGCACAAGGUGUCCCAGGACCUAGAUCAGGCACAAAAAAUCGCAGAAACUAUCGACACUUCAGACGGCGAUAUAUUUCGAGACUUUGAUCUAUCAACGUUUUUGGAUCACUUCAAACUUGAUGCCAUUCUCAAAGUGUCGCUGUCAUUGGCUUUUAAAUUUGCAAACAAGUCGGAUUUGCGUGCCAAAGCUGAUGCUAUCUUGACAAAUACUGUUCCCCAAUUUCUGCAUAGCUUGCUGAAUCCUACCGAAUCAACAAAAGAUUUCAGUGCCCCAUACCUUGGUCUCACUCUUGAACGAUUUAUCCUGUUCCCCCCGCGCAAUUUUAGCGAUGAGGUGAAAACGACCCUCGUACAGGCUGCUACUAUGCGUUAUCGGAACCUCGGAAUCGAAAUUCCAUUGGAAAUAUACAAUGCGCUGCAAAUGUUCGAUUUCAGCAAUCCACGACUGACCAUUAUCCGACAGCUUCAUUCCAAGGGCCCCAAAGCCACAGCCACCCAAGAUGCUGUGAAUGAGGCCAUGACGUUAGCUGGGCCCGAAAGUUGGGAAGAAGAGCAUUUUGGACAUGCACUGCUCUUUAUGUUGUUGUCGCAGAAUGCCCAACAUUAUUCGUUGGAGGUAUUCCUUCGAGCUGUUAAGGCACAUUAUGGCGACAAGCCCAUCAACUGGCCACUUAUCUUGCGUGUGUUUGAUCGCGAAUCUUUGAGGAUUACGUCGGGACAAUUCACCAAGCUAUACUCAUCACUUUUGAGCAUAGCAGCCGAUGAUUCUGACUUGGACGUUCAAAAACUUUGGGGUGGUGAUUGGGAGCAUCGACAGACUCAUAUCUCCUUUUUAACAGCCUAUCUCACCUCACGUAUUGAUCCAUCAGAAAUACCCAAUUUCAGAGAGGCCUUCCCUUCGGAUUUGUUUGAGGAUGCUUCUGAUGCUGUACGCAUGCAAGCGGAGAUUGCUGAGAAAUCUCCGAUCCGAUCUUUGGAUGCAAUUAAAGCAGUCUUUGAUUUGGCUCUGUUCUCGCAAGCAUCUUGGAAUGCCCCAGAAAGCGGCUCCUUGAUCAAAAUCGUUUUGUCCCAGGACCUACCUGUGUUUCUGCUUUCUUCAAUGGUGAUACCGCAACCCUGGACACCUAUCCAACAGAGCUUAGUGUUACGUACACUUGCCUUCUUUAUAUUGAGACAAGAAGAGGGAUAUCAACUCGCGUUAUAUGGUGUAUGGAAGCAAGAUAGCCAAUGGCUUGCCGAGCAACUCUUCACUAUGUUUACCCAGGAUCCGACUUCGACGGCUCCAAUUUACGAAAACGCUGUCGAAUAUGGUUGGUUGGACUACCUUUUGGGAUUUACUAAUGGUCUUGCACUUGAUCUUGCUUCUCUCGCACAUCGCAAAGGGGAUUUUGAUCUUGAAAAAUGGGUUCGCAAUGCCGCUCAAAAAGGGCCUAUGGACAUGGGCAGCCUACUUUCUAAAUUUUUACGAAUUAAAGCUGAAGAUGAACUUCGCGUGCAGCGAACGGAGCAAGCUGCACCGCAAAUGGUUAGCCUUGCUGUCAAGACGGUUUACACAUUGCUUUCCAUUUUGGAGGAAUAUGUUGGUGAUCGCGAAAACCUGACCCCUGUUCAACGAAUUUGUGUCCAAACAUACCCCAGGCUCAUCAACUACGGUGAGGGGUUUGACGAAAUCAUCGAUAUAAACAGCCAGAACGGCAAUGCUAUCCCUAAAGCCAUUGAUGAGCAAAUGCAAGAGCUUUUUGGCAAGAUGUAUCAUGAAGAGCUGUCCCUGCGCGAAAUGUUAGAACUGAUGCGACGGUAUAAAACAUCGCGUGAACCUGCCGAGCAGGACCUUUUCACCUGCAUGGUCCAUGGGCUCAUUGACGAAUACCAUUGCUAUCACGAGUACCCACUAGAGGCUCUUACUAAGACAGCUGUCAUGUUUGGAGGCAUCAUCAACUUCCGACUUAUUGAUGGCAUUCCGUUGAAAGUCGGGUUAGGUAUGAUUCUAGAGGCGGUACGAGAUCACCAGCCCCAUGAUCCAAUGUACAAUUUUGGCGUCGAAGCUAUAGAGCAAUUGAUGAGCCGAUUGCCGGAAUGGGUGGGGUUUUGUCACCUGCUGCUGCAAAUACCAUCCCUACAUGGUACUCCUAUUUCUCAAAAAGCAGAAGAAGUGUUGAGAGAACAGGGCCACCAGGCUGCGGAUGAGACAAGUCCAAUAAGAAUAAAUGGAGGAGUUGACGCCCAAGCCAUCACGAAUGGUGCUUUGGACGAAAGUGAUGCAUCUCGCACGUUUCGCUCAGUACAUAUUGAUCCUCCUUUACGUCCAGAGAUUUAUGAAGAUCCCGACGAAGAGAUCCAAGACAAGAUUCUUUUUGUUCUAAAUAACGUAUCGGAACAAAACAUUCAAGAGAAACUGCGUGACUUGAAAGAUGUGCUCAAAGAUGAGCAUCAUCAGUGGUUCGCUGCGUAUCUUGUCGAGCAACGUGCCAAGUUGCAACCCAAUUUUCAACAAUUAUACCUUGACCUCUUAGGCCUUAUCGGCAAUCGGACACUUUGGUCGGAAGUUUUACGAGAGACAUAUGUCAGUUCCAUUCGUUUACUCAAUGCGGAAUCCACCAUGAGCUCUUCAACGGAACGUAGCCACCUCAAAAACUUGGGUGCAUGGCUUGGGCUGUUGACGAUUGCCAAGGAUAAGCCUAUUAAGCAUAAAAACAUUUACUUUAAGGAACUUCUCAUGGAAGGCUAUGAUAGUCAGCGUCUCAUGGUGGUUAUCCCAUUCACAUGCAAGGUGCUCCUUCAGGCAGUUCGAUCAACCGUUUUCAAACCUCCAAAUCCUUGGCUUAUGGACAUACUCGGCCUACUCGUGGAGCUUUAUCACUAUGCUGAACUCAAACUCAAUCUAAAAUUUGAGAUUGAGGUUCUCUGCAAAGACCUCGAUCUCGACCACAAAACGAUUGAACCAGCAUCCGACAUCAGAAAUCGGUCUCAGCAAGGUGAAGAUGUACUCUCAACAGCUAAUAUACCAGAAGGCUUAGAGGUGUUUGAGGACCUGUCUUUAGCCAGUAUGAACCAAGGUAUUAGGACUGAGAGACUGUCCCCUGCUGCUCUAUUGUCUAGCCUCCCAAGCUUGGAUAAGAUUCUGGUAUUUCCAUCAUCUGCAAGUAGUAUGAGUGACCCCAAUAUCCUUCGACAGAUAGUGCACACUGCAGUUGAACGUGCCAUUGCCGAGAUAAUCACGCCAGUUGUGGAACGAUCAAUCACUAUUGCAUCCAUAUCCACCGUUCAGCUCAUUUCCAAGGACUAUGCCAUGGAACCAGAUGAAGAAAAGGUACGACAUGCUGCAAGAACAAUGGUUCGACAACUCGCUGGCAGCUUGGCUCUCGUUACGUGCAAAGAGCCUUUGAAAAUGAGCAUGACAAACUACAUUCGGGUAAUGGAAAAGGAGUAUCCUGAGCAGCCCAUGCCUGAGGGAACGAUUUUAAUGUGUGUAAAUGACAAUCUCGAUGCUGCUUGCGGCAUUGUUGAAAAGGCUGCUGAGGAGAAAUCAAUCCCUGAAAUUGAGAAAGUGAUAGAGCCACAACUGGAAGCUCGUCGCCGUCACAGGGCAACAAGACCAAAUGAGCCUUUUAUAGACCCAUCGAUGAACCGAUGGGGUCUUCUCAUCCCGGAACCUUACCGGCAAGUUCCUGGUGGCUUAAACAAAGAGCAGUUGGCAAUCUACGAAGACUUUGCUCGUCAAUUCAGGGGGCCAACUUCAACUCAUCUCCAAAGUGCGUCAACUGAUUCUGGCCGACAGUUGCCGGAUGUACUUCAAGAGUCAUAUCCAGCAAUUCCAAACCUUUCAACCCCUGCAGAACCCCCUGCAGUUCCACUUCAAACAUCUCAGACUCAGCAAGAGGGCCGUUUACAGCAAUCCGCACUAAGCACCCAAUCUCAACUAAACGGUUUCAUGGAAGCUCAGAGUCCCCGUGAAAAGGUGGAAAGCCUGAUUGUUGGUCUUCAGCAAGACACUCGGAAUGCUCCUGAGGAACAUAUUAAGGACCUUGGACGUGAUAGUGCAGUCAUUCUAGGCUACAACCAAAUCCUACGCAGCAUCAUUGCUUCUCCGAAUGGCGAGGAUUUUGCAAGGUUAACAUGCUUGAAGAUAUGUAAUAAUCUCUACUCUCAAACGGAGGGUCCAUUAGAGAUUGAGGUGCUGGUGAACUUGCUUGCUAAGAUCUGUGAUAUGUCGUCAAUCGUGGCAAGAUAUACUUGGGCAAUUCUGUCUGAUGUUAAUGACGAGCACAUGUUCAAUGUUCCCGUCACAGUUGCUCUAAUUGAUGCUGGGCUGCUCGAUCUGCGACGCGUAGACAUGCUACUGACCAAAUUAAUCCUUCAGAAGGAUAACAGUGCCUUGGAUCUUUUGGCCAGUGUUCUGGACCGUGUCCUGUUCAAUGACGAGCCUUCCGUAUUGAGGUCAGACUUUUCUGGCAGUCUGGAGGCCAUGAACCAGUGGCUCGUCGAGGAUCCAACCUUGUCAGUUGCAACAGAAAUGGUACGCAAGCUACGUGAGUCGGGUAUACCGGAAGUUGUCAACCCUCUCCUGAACGACAAAGCCAGGUCGAAGCGCGAUCAAAUGGAGUACAUUUUCAGCGAAUGGAUCGGCGUCUACAAGUUCCCUGGUGCCACCGACCGUACCUACCAUUCGUUUCUCAAGGAUCUUCAUAACAGACAGGUCAUGAACAGUCAGGAGGACUCAGCCCUAUUUUUCAGGCUCAGUAUCGAUAUCUCCGUAGCUAUGUUUGAGCACGAGUCGCAAAACCCUAACGGCAGCCUCGACGAAGCAUUUUUGUAUAUUGAUGCCCUUGCCAAAUUGAUUGUCCUGCUUGUCAGAUAUCAAGGUGAGAGCCCUGGUGCAGUGAGGGCCAGCAAACACGUCUAUCUUGAUGCUAUCCUUUCCCUCCUAGUCUUGGUUUUGAAUCACCACCAAGUCAUGCGAGGCGAUGCUUUCAACCAACGCGUCUUUUUCAGACUCUUUUCAAGCAUACUAUGUGAAUAUACAAUGUCCGGGUUGUCGUCAAGCGACCAACAUCAAAAUAUGAUGUUCGCAUUCGCUAGUAGAUUCUUGACUUUGCAACCAAAAUAUGCCCCAGCAUUUGUGUAUGGCUGGCUUUCACUCAUUUCUCAUCGUGUCUUUAUGUCUGGAAUGUUGAAUAUGCCCGAUGAAGCGGGAUGGGGGCUGUAUUGUGAAAUCAUGCAAGCACUUCUUUCAUACAUGGGAGAACAACUGAAACCAGUAUCAGUGACAUAUGUUGCUAAGGACUUAUACAAGGGGGUGCUAAGAAUUCUUUUGAUUUUGCACCAUGACUUCCCCGAAUUUGUCGCGGAGAAUCAUUUCCAAUUCUGCAACGUGAUUCCAGCACACUGUGCCCAGCUGCGUAAUCUCAUUCUCAGUGCAUACCCGUCCUCUUUCCAUAAGCUUCCCGACCCUUUCCGCGAGGGACUGAAGGUGGAACGCUUGGAGGAGAUGCGUGAGGCUCCAAAGAUUACCGGAGAUAUUGUCGCCCCUCUACAACAGUCCAACAUCAAGAGUGCGGUGGACUCGGCCCUUAAGGGUAGCACGGGUAGCGAAUCUAGCAUUCAAACAAUCUGUGACGCUCUGUACAACCCAAGAGUCAAAGAAACAGGCCUUUUCUUGUCCCCAAUCAAUGUCGAUAUUGUCCUGAUCAAUGCAAUGGUGUUAUACAUUGGCCAACAGGCGGUCUCAUCAGGUGGAACUCACGCUGGAAACCGGGCUGCUUUCGAUGACUCUCCUCACUCCCUCUUACUUGAGAGACUGGCGAAGGUUCUUCACCCCGAAGCUCGUUACUAUUUGCUGAGUGCUAUGGCAAAUCAACUGCGAUACCCUAAUAGCCAUACCUACUACUUUAGCUUUGCUAUCCUGCAGUUGUUUGGCGUUGAUUACUCCGAGCAACAAGAUUCGGACAUUCGCCAGCAGAUCAUCCGAGUCUUACUUGAACGCCUCAUUGUACACCGGCCGCACCCAUGGGGCUUAAUCAUUACUUUGCAAGAGCUUCUUCAGAAUCGAAGCUACACCUUUUUCCGACUGCCAUUUAUCCAAGCGGCGCCCGAGAUUGGCCGCCUUUUUGAUGCCCUUCUACAACAUAUUCAGCAGCAGAGCCCACGGGCUCUUUCUUAG